GACAGUGCCCCCCCACCUUUUGGAACUUUUUAAGUUUAGCUUCUUCUCCAGCUCUCGCUAGCCCACGCGCUAGAAACACCACCACUACAUCAUUAUCCAGUCACAGCCGGGCGAUCACAUCAUUCAAGAGGUACGGGUGCAGUUGGACAACACCUGUGCAGCCAUGACAAACACAAGGACCUUACAGCCCCCGCAAUCCGAGACGGCGAGAAAUGUCCACAUCUACAACCACGAGGGCCAAGUCAUCGGAGGCACCUACCAACACGGCUCCAUAACCCCGUUCCAACCUCUACGAUCUGUGCCCGUUAUUCCUCGACUUCCCGUCUUCCACAGCGGAUCAGGAAACGUGGGCGAUCUUUAGUCUGUGCGCUGAUGGGUCCAGAGGUUCCAUGCUUUCUAGGGAGCAGACGGCUCUGGAGGCGGGCAAGUAUAUUGUCCUAUCGAGGACUGGAGACCCGAUUGCAGUGCGCCCUACGGACAGGACGGCAGUCCGGCGUAUCGGUUCGGGAAGUGAUAGUUCGCAGAGACUCUCUUCCAAGCAAAAGCACUUCCGCGACCAGAUCCGGAAACGAGAUCAAGCGUGUGCGGUGACGGGGUACAGUCGCGCGGACUUCGCAGGGUUAAAAGCCGCCCAUAUUGUACCAAUCAUACCUCGCCAGCAGGAAGUGCGGCGGCAGGAACAGCAACAGCAGCAAGGUGACCACAAAUCCUGCGUCACUGACACUGGGAGUGAUACUGAUCUUGAUCUUGAUCUUGAUUUUACGCCAGCCGCCUCGAUGCUAUGUGGCGAGGACCUCCUCUCCCCACGAAAUGGUCUUCUUUUGAGUACAGCGGUUCAUACUCCAUUUGAUUUCUACGAAUGGGCCAUCAAUCCUAUGGACGGCUACAAGAUCACGGUAUUCCACAAGCAAGAUACACUAGUACCAAUCGACGGCAAGGUCCUCAGUGGGAAAUCCAGAAGCCAGGGAUUAGAGGACUGGCGCAUUAGUGAUGCUGCCUUGCGAUGGCACUUUGACCAAGCUGUUCCCAAGAAUAUGAAGGGGGCAACGGGCGAAGAGUGGCCGAACUGGGGAGAUGACUUGGGUGAAGGGUGUGAUCACAUCGCUGAGAUAAUGAAGGGCCCAGCGCCAGGUGAACGAAUGGAGCUCGAGUUGGAGAACCGUCUAGCGGGUUGGACAGAACAUGAGCGACAACAUCAAGUAUCCUAGCCGUUAGAUACCCAUCUCCAAAGCAAGUGUUAGCCUUCGCCUAUUGAGAACAAGGUAUUAACGAGGUCCCAUAU